AAGAAAAAAAAAAAAGAAAUACGCAUCAAAUAGGUAAGACCAUCAGUUCUCCGCUGUCCGUAAAUUCGACUCCACCGGUACGGAAGCUCAGCCCGUCGACGGAGCUAUGGCGAUGCAGUCAGGAGUUGGUUUAUCCAAGAUCUUGAUCUUGGCCGGAGCAGGUUAUACCGGUACGAUUAUGCUGAAGAACGGGAAACUGUCGGAUUUGAUUGGCGAAUUGCAGGCUUUGGUGAAGGGGCUAGAGAGAUCCGCAGAAGGAUCUGAGGGAGAUUCUGAUGUUUCCGACGCCAUAGCUGCACAGGUUCGUCGGUUGGCUAUGGAGGUCCGGCAGCUCGCCUCGUCCAGACAGAUAACUGUCAUGAAUGGAACAUCUGGUGGCAAUUUACAAUCACUUGCUGUUCCUGCGGCUGCGUUGGGGGCUUUAGGUUAUGGCUAUAUGUGGUGGAAGGGUCUUUCCUUCUCUGAUCUUAUGUAUGUGACAAAACGCAACAUGGCAAGUGCUGUGGGGAACUUGACAAAGCAUCUUGAACAAGUAUCGGAGACUCUUGCGGCUGCAAAAAGGCAUUUGACGCAACGGAUUCAGAAUUUGGACGAUAAGAUGGACAAGCAGAAUGAGCUCUCUAAGGCAAUUCAAGGAGACGUAGCUUUGGCUCGUGAGGAUCUCUGCUCUAUUGAAGGGGAGUUGGAAUCAUUGCAUAACUUGAUUAGUGGCCUGGAUGGCAAGUUAGACACGCUCGAAUACAAGCAGGAUUUCACAAAUAUGUGCGUGGUACGCCUGUAUAACUAUUUCGGGGGCAAGAGCGAAAAACUGCCUGAAGUUACCAUGCAGGUAGAAAAGCUUCAGCUUCCAGUAAACAAGGCUCGCAACUUGCUCACUGAUGUGGAAUCAAAGGGCCUGAAGGAUUUCGCCGAUGAACUUUUCGAAAGUCGAAAUCAAACAGGAAUAAAAGCCGUGAAACAACGUGGGAUCAAUGAGAAACCAAGACCAUUAUCGAGGGCUGCGUCAGGUGUGUAUUGAGAUGGAAGGUGGGUCUUAGAGGGCGUUUGGGCUGGAGGAUGUAUAGUUUUAUUACAAACUAAAUAAAGACACAAGACAACGAAGCCAUUUCAUUUUUUUUUUUGGUUUUGUGUUUUCCGAUGUUUGCUUUCAUGUUCUCUCCUUGUGAUAUUAUUUUUGUAACGAGACACGGCGGCUCUGCUGUGGGAUUUUCACCUAAAUUUCCGAUGCUUUUACUGACACCGAACGGUAAAUAAAAGAAAGUUGGAUUGUGCAUUA